CUGGGCAGCUGCUCUGCUGGUUGGUGACCCUGCACAUAGCAGGGGGUUGAAACAGGAUGAUCGUUGUGGCCCUUUUCAACCCAGGCCGUUCUAUGAUUGUCUCCCAGUUAGGAAGGGUCUUUCACAUGCAGUGACACCCACUAUGGCAACCUCCCCCCCGAGUUCCCUCAGCACACAGUCAGCAGCACCCGUAGUUCUGUGACAAAGCCAUUUAUAAGCCAUGUGGCUGUUCAUACAGCACUGAAAGCAAAGCAGCCCAGCCUGUUAGGAUGGGGGAUGCAUAUCAACACCGGUAGAGCUCUGUUUGUACCAAAGCUCCCGUACAAACGCAGACCACGUCGAUUACGCUGUUGUACAGGUAGGAAUCGUUACAGGCCGUCCGGUGAGAAACGGCUUUAUUUUAGGUUUCACAUCACGCACAUAAGUGCCGAUCUUCACAGUAUUCUGGAUGCUCGCUCUGUCCGCUGCCAAGUGACGCUGUCACGGCCCCAUCUCAGCGCUGCAGGCCGCCUCCAUCCGUUCCGUUCCGCUCCUCCCGUCCCCGCCGUGUCCCUGGUUCCGGCCGGGCUCUCCCCGCAGUGCCGCCUCCUCCCGGUCCCUCCGCUCAUUGCCGGCCGCUCCGUCCCGUUCCCCGUCCCGCUCCCGGUCCCCUCCCGGGUGACUCGGUCCUUCCCAGGAAUGAAUCCCGCAGUCGGCUCAGCCCAGGCCGCAGGUCUCUCGCCGCCCGCCGUGCUCCCAGCUGUCCCCGUGUGAUGGCGCUGGCGGUGAUGCGGGCGGCCGCUCGGAUGGGCCGCGACUCGGAGAGUUUCUCGAUGAGCUGCGGGUUGUUGAGCAGCGCCAGCAGCACCCGGCGCAGCACCAUCCUGAGGCACGGCCAGCACCGCCUUGUCGCGAGAGCCGCCCUAUUCCUUCCGCCGCCGAGCGGAAGGGAGCGGUUCUCGCGACAGCAGCGCCAUCCGUGCAUUGGGGCGGUGCGGGGCAGCAUGUGCUCGGGCGGCACGUUGAGCAUCCUGCGGAGCGACUCCUAUGUGGACCUCAGCCAGUACCGAGACCAGCACUUCAGGGGCACGCGCUAUGACCAGGAGCGGCUGCUGAGGAAGAGCUGCACGUUGUACGUGGGCAACCUGUCCUUCUACACCACCGAGGAGCAGAUCCAGGAGCUCUUCGGUAAGAGCGGAGACAUCAAGAAGAUCAUCAUGGGGCUGGACAAGGUGAAGAAAACAGCCUGCGGCUUCUGCUUCGUCGAGUAUUAUGCAAGAGGAGAUGCUGAGAACGCAAUGCGGUACAUCAAUGGGACCAGGCUUGAUGACAGGAUCAUAAGGACGGACUGGGAUGCAGGAUUUAAGGAGGGCCGGCAAUACGGCCGGGGCAGGUCAGGGGGCCAGGUCAGAGAUGAGUAUCGACAAGACUAUGAUGCUGGAAGAGGCGGCUAUGGUAAAACUGUUCAAUGCCAGUGAAUAGUGAAUGACUCGUCGGCCUCACAGGAUAACUUCAUGCCAAUUGUAGAUGUCAUGAGGCACAGAGGAGGUCUUUUGCACACAAGUUUAUGUAAAUAGAAACAUACAGGAGCUGCUAUCAGUGUUCCUGUAGUCACAUAGUAUAUUCUAUAUCUUCUUUUUUAAUACCAGGAUCCAAAACAUUGCCAAGUACACUAAUACACAGGACCUGGGAGCAAGGUUUUAAGCAAUAGUAUGCAUGGGACUUUGGUCUCAGAAUGCUGCUGCAAAUCCACUGAAAGAAUCAAAGGUUCAGCAGAAUGGUGCUUCUUUUUAUUCCAUGGCAAAAACUUGAUCAUUGUGUUGCUGGAUUUUGUUUACAGAGUUCACAGUAUCAUGGAGCAGAGUGAGAUCUUAAAGCCAGAUUUGUGUAUGGCUCAGAGACUGAAGGAAAAGUCAAAGAGCCCAAAAGGGAAAUGAAAUUCCAAUUUCCAGAGUAGUCUUAAAGUUGUGAACUUUGGGGUUGGUGAAUUAACAGCCUUUUACACCGAUGCCUUUCCUUUUGGAGUUAGCACGCACUUAUGAAAGGCACAAUAAAGCAAGCCAAACUGAGCCCAGAAAUCGUAAAAUGAGAAGCAAACUUAGCAGAUAGGAGAAAUCAGACCCUUGCAGUGUUCUUCAAAGCAUACUGCUGUUGCAUGACAUUGUAUGGCUCAGAACUAUCUUUGCUUUGUGAGAUGUGGAGUGCAGGAAUCACAGUAGUGGUUAUUUUCCUGGUUGGAAUAGUACUGUUUUACUCCUGUCUGGUAACUCUUAAUAUUUGAGGAGCAAUAUCUUCCCUAUGUCUGCAAGGGUAGCGUGGAGCCAAGCAUUGCAGUUAAUCCCUUUCCUGCUCCUUCCUUGCUCUAGUCAAAAUGGGAUGUGUGAGGAACUAUCUGGAUGAUGAGAAAGUUUGUUCUCAAAAUAGACUUCCUGUUUGAGAAACCUAAUGGCAAAUAAAGUUAAAAAUAACUUUAAAGAAAUUAGCUUUGGAGAGGCUUCACUUUGUACGGAGCAUGUGGUGAGACUGGUAAAAGGAUUGUGGGACUCUUGGAUUUCUUUUAUGUUAAUGUGAUGGGAUAUUGUUGUAAUACUGCAUCAGGGGAAAAAAAUCAGUGUGGAAUUGACCUGCUGAAAUAGCAGGGUUUAGAAGAAAUUGGUAAAGGCUGAUGGUUGGUUGUUUUUCCUUUUGGAUGCACUUCUGAGUUCUUCAGAAACUGCAAUUGAUAAAAGUUUUGUCCAAAUACCUUGACUUCCCAAAGCUCUUAAAUCUUAACUAUGUAAAAUUUAACCUUUAUUCAUGGAAUGGAGUAUUGGAAAUCUUGAUGUGUUUCUAGAGUAGAGUUAGUCACAACUGUUAGCGUAUGUUAGAAGUGCAGCACUGCAGUAAGAUGCCUUUCCUGUUAAGUGAGGUUGAGGGGGGCCUUUUUUUUCUUUUUUUUUCUUUCUUGUUUUUCUUUUUUACUGUCACAUAGAAUAAAGCUGGAUUUUCAGGGUCACUUGGUGCUGAUCUGAAAACAAGACUUUGAACAAGUUAUCUUUUUCUGUGUGCAAAAACCAUUUGAUGAUGAUCUCGCAGCCUGGAAUCCACUGUAGGAAACUGUGAAGUUUAUUUUUCACGGUGCCAGUUUUGUAUAAGACUCUGUACUAUCAAAACUUGAGGUCACUUUCAAAUAAAGCUGCAACACUAAAAUGAA